UAAGUAGUUAUUUUAAAAAAUAUAUUGUUUAUGAAAAUUAAAUUUGGUUAAAAUUUUUAAAACAUAACAGUGGUUUCAACAGACUAACCUUAACAGUUUUUAUUAAGUUAUUUACCAUUUAUAAAGCGCUGCUAAGCAGAAAAAAUAAUUUUUGUAAAUUACAUAAUAAUCUAUUUUUAUAUCGUAAAUAACAUGUGGCGAUAAACACCAUUUACGUACAAGUUUAUAUAAAAAUAAUGUAUAUACAUGUAAUAAAUAACAGAAAGAGCAAAUCAGUUUUGAAUGUAAUAAAUUUACUGUAUUGUUUGAUACUGCCGAGAUAAAUCUACUGAGAUUUUUGGGAGCAGCUGUUAUUUUUAAACAAAUAGUUUUAUAUAUAAUGACUUUGGGUCAGCUGAAUUAUUGAAUGCAUAAGUGUGGAAACAUUUUUUUAUACCGGAUUUAAAUUAUAUAUACAACGUACUUUUCGGAUAUUUUAUCAAAAAGUUCUAUAUCUACACUUUAAAAUAUUUACUACAUUUGAAAACUCGGUGAUAUGUCCGCUGGUCAAGGACGUAUAAAUCAAUUAGGUGGUGUAUUUAUUAAUGGAAGACCAUUACCAAAUAAUAUUCGCUUAAAAAUAGUAGAAAUGGCAGCAUCGGGUAUAAGACCAUGUGUAAUUUCACGUCAAUUAAGAGUUAGUCAUGGAUGUGUAUCAAAAAUAUUAAACAGAUAUCAAGAAACUGGUUCAAUUCGACCAGGUGUAAUCGGUGGUUCAAAGCCACGUGUUGCAACACCAGAAGUUGAAAAUCGAAUUGAAGAAUAUAAACGUGAUAAUCCUGGUAUAUUUUCAUGGGAAAUACGUGAUCGUUUAAUAAAAGAAGGUUUAUGUGAACGUUCAACAGCUCCAUCCGUUAGUGCAAUUUCUCGUUUAUUACGUGGCCGUGAUGGUAUUGAUGAUGAUCUAAAUAAUAAGAAAAAUGGUGUAGAUUCAAAACAUUCAGAUGGAGACAUGUCUGAUUGCGACACUGAGCCAGGUAUCCCAUUAAAACGUAAACAACGUCGUUCAAGAACUUCCUUUACAGCUCUUCAGCUAGAUGAAUUAGAAAGAGCAUUUGAACGAACUCAAUAUCCCGAUAUCUAUACGAGAGAAGAGCUAGCUCAACGAACAAAGUUAACUGAAGCGAGAAUUCAAGUUUGGUUUAGUAAUCGGCGGGCACGUCUUCGCAAACAAAUGGGUUCUGGAUCAACAGGCACCCCUAUGUCAACCGGAAUAUCACAUCAAACUCUGUCAUCAUAUUCAACUAGUAAUAGUGUAACACCAUAUCCCGCUCUAAUGACUCAAGGUUUAACUGAUGCAUCUGCAUUCGGGCCGACAUCAUCUCAUCAAUUACACGACUUUUAUCAAUCAAGUCAUCAUUUACACAAUACUUCAACAUUACAUUUUCCAACAACACCACCGCAUCAAAUUCAUAAUCCGACACCUAGUUAUGCACAUAUGCAUUCAGCAUCAUCAGUUGCAGCUGCUGCUCACGUAAUUGUGCCUCCAACACCAAUUAAUAGUCAUCAUACAACACCAUCUCAUCAUCUUAACGCUUCACCUACAUCCAUAACAAAUUUAACUUCAACAACAAAUUCGAAUUAUGUUUGUCAAGCCACAAGUAACACAACUUCUAUUGAAGAUCAACAACAGCAACAACAACAUAGUUCUCACCAUCAACAGCAAACUUUAUUACGUAACGGUAGUGAAAGCCCUGUUGGAAUCAAUGUUAACUAUAAUAAUCCUUUGCAAUUACCACCAACUCCAAAUAGUUUAACGACAAUGAUGGGACCGAACUCGGGUAAUAGUAAUAGUAAUGAGGAUAUUAAACCUACAAAUGCUCAAAAUAUUCAUUUAGAAACUCAACCAAGCUCAGAAAAUCAACAUCAACAGGCGUCCGAAUCCAAAUAUCAUUUACAACAGAAUGCAAAUAGUUCUAAUAAUAGUGAAUCUAUAACAUGUAAUAGUAAUUAUGCGACUUGGAAUCCCGGUCUAACUAAUGCUACUUCUAUUAGUUUAUCAUCAAGACAAAUAUCUUCAAUAACACCUCCAGAUAGUUAUCAAGGAAACGGAUUAGAUUUACAUUCACAAACACAUGCUCAUCAUUUACAAUUUCAUCAUCCAGCUAAUCCAACACAUUCGAGUUCGUUUAUGCAUCAAGGUUUUGGUAGUUGGCCAGUAAAUUUUGGCAUGGCGCAAUCUUUUUAUAGAUAUUAA